AGCAGGUUUAGGGAUACAAGGCCUAAUUGUUUCCUCUCGAGACCUUCGAAUUUUGACGAAACCACUACCAUCGAGGUGGGUAAAAGAAGUCGCAUCAAACACCUCGACUCCGAGGCCAGGGCUACCAAGAUGGCCUCGAACUUGCAACCUGAGCCUGAUGAGCAGAUAGAGCUUCUCCGACAUGAAAAUGAUCCAAUCUCCAGCAUGAUGAGUUCCAUCAGCCUGAUUAUCUCUUCUUUCCAGCAGCUCGACAAACAACAGACCGCCAUCGCCAGCCUGCUGAACACAGCAAGCAAGGUUUAUUCCAAAUUUGAUGAGGCUGAAAAGCUCUUAAUCGGAAGCACGCAUUCCUCGCUGUUAUUGGCCUUAGCCGGAAUCACGCAGGCCGACGGCCACCAGGACCAAGAACUCCGUCAAGAUGCAAUCACCCUCCUCUUGAAGGCAGCAAGCAAAGUUGUCGAGUCUAUCCAGAAAACCAAAAGACCUCCCCAGGCUCGCAGUCAAGACCAUGAGUGCUACUUCAAUCGACUCCCCAACGAGCUCAAGGACAAGAUUUGGAAGUUGUGCCUCCCGCCUGGUAGAAUCUACGAGCCGAUCACAUACUACAAUCACCGGGAACACGACCCAAGAAACAUUCUGUUCUAUCAGCACUGGGCACCUCCGACUUUCAGAGAGAUCAACAGAGAGGCUCGCGAAUACUGCAUGAAGGCUGGCCAGUUCCGCUUCGGCCACUUUGAGGACGCAUUGGGCCACGGCACCUACUGGUACCUCAACCACCUUCAGGUGAAGAACCUCAUCAUCGGAGACGCCAUCGUCCUUGACCGGAACGAAUGCAGAGAAGUGCUCACAAGCGAUUGUUACGGGUGUGAAAACCUUACAAUCGCCUAUCAACCCCGCGGAGCUCCCAUCGAAGAGAACAAGGGACCGACUCGCGAGGCAAUGGAAGCUACUGAACCAGUCUUCUACCCCGUCAAGGAUGACGAGCGCGUCUGCGCUGAGAUAGUGGACGUGGAAGAUUGGGGCGAAGGCCUGCUGAAGACCUGGGCCGAACACAGAGAUGAGCUAAAGGAGAUCUUCUACGAGGAUGGAUCCAAGACGAGAGACGUCACUUUCCGUUCUGUGGAGGUUUUCCGGAAGCCUCGCAUCGAGAAGGAAGGUUAUCAUUUCAGACGAUACCACACAAACGGUACAUAA